GAAGAAAUCGGCAACUUUUCAAAAAUAGAAACUCAGAGAAAUUAUUUUUUUCCAUUUCAUUUCAAAACGCAGAGAAAAACCGCUUGAAGAAACGGCCACGAUGGAAGAGAGCGAAGAAAAAUGCGAGGAAAAUAACAGCAAGGCCAGCAUUUCAGAAGAACAGGGGACUGGUGUUCUACCAGUGGAGUCUUGUACAAUAUGCAUAAGUGAAAUGGUUGGGAAAUUUAUAGGUUCUCCUGAUAAAUGCCGUCAUCACUUUUGCGUCUCGUGUUUGAGAACUUGGUCCCACACACAGGCAGCGCUGACUACUUGUCCAGUUUGCAGAACAGAAUACACCAAUAUUGAAGUUCUAGAUCGUCUUUCGAAGAAAUGCAUCAAAAGUAUACCAGUCGUUGCCGGAUUGCGGAGAACCCUAAUGGUAGCAUUGCAUCGGCUGACGGACAAUUAA